ACUUUCAAGGACAAAGACGCGAUACGCCGAUAAAAAAUGGAAGCAAAAAAAUUCUGAUCAUUUUACUUUGUGUUCGGAAAACGUGGUUCAAAUUUCUUCACAAGUUUAAAUUCUUUGUUUUUGUUCAUCUAGUGAGUAAGUUUUAAAAUUACCAUAUCGCUCAAUAAAAAUCAUUCUAUGAGCAAUGCUCUCUGUGUGGAGAACUUUAAAAAACAGUGAAUUCUAACCUUACUACAUUGCAUUUCUAUCCCGUGUAACCUGAAUAGUGCUGAUAUGGAAAUUGUGAUUGAAUGAGAGCAAAAUAAUUCUCUCGAAGAGACGAAUCGGAACUGUGAAUAGGUGCCAAUAUGACGUCAUCAGCAGACAGUGGCGUGGCGGAGCGCCGACUGCGUCCGAUCUACGACUGCCUGGACUGCGGCAACAAUAAGCGUGCCCUACAGGAGGCCGACAAACUGCUGCGUAAGCAUCCCACCGCGCAAUGCGCAAAGGCACUCAAGUGUCUCGCCCUUCUGCGCAUGGGCAAGGAGAAGGAGUGCGAGCAGCUCAUUAAGCUUGUUCAUGAUGAGGUUCCGCAAAACGAAGCAACACUACAGGCGAUGUCGAUUUGCUACCGCGAACUGCACCGACCAGAGUUGAUUUGCCAGCUAUACGCGGCAGCCGCCGAGAAACAGCCGGCCAGCGAAGACCUACUCACCCACCUGUUCAUGUCCUACGUCCGCGUUGGAGACUACAAGAAGCAACAAACUGUUGCCAUGGCCCUAUACAAACUAUUACCCAAGAACCCCUACUACUUCUGGGCGGUGAUGAGCAUCGUAAUGCAGGCGCGCACCUCCAAACCCGAACUGAAAAGCUCCAUAGUGCUGCCUCUCGCCGAACGAAUGAUCGACAAAUUCAUUAAACAGGACAAGAUAGAGGCCGAACAAGAGGUGCAGUUGUAUCUGAUGAUACUUGAAAUGCAGGGGAAACUCGAGGAGAUGUUGGCUGUGAUUCAGGGACCUUUGGGUGAGAAGUUGCAGUCGUUGUUGAUACCCAAUAAACGGGUGGAACUGUUGAUCAAGUUGAAAAGAUGGCGGGAGGCGAAUGUUUUGUUGAAGAAAAUGCUGAAGGAGGAGAUGGAUAGUUGGACUUAUUACAAGGAUUAUUUGCUGUCGGUGUUUCAUUUGAUUGAGGAGAGUGGUGGUGGGGAGAGGAAGGAGAAGAAGAGGAAAGGGGAAGGGGAGAAGGGUGUGAAAAGUGAUGAGAAGAAGGUAGGGGAAGAACAGACGAAAGGUGUGGGAAAUAAUGACAAUAAGAAAGGAGGGGAGAAGAAGAUAGGUGAAGAACAGGCGAAAAGUAUGGAGAAUAAAGAGAAGAAGGUACAGAAGGAGGGGGUGGAAGGGGGAGAAACGAAAAGUGUGGAAAAUAAUGAGAAGAAGGGGGAAGAUGAGAAGGGAGAAGUUGGCUGGAGGAAGGAAAUGGAAGAAGUGGUAGGAUCUAGGGAGAAAAAUAAGGAGGAGAAGAAGGUGGUGGAGAAUAAAAAGGGAAGUGAGGAGGAGGAGAAGAAGAUUGAUAGCGAGAAAGGGGAGGAGGGGAAGAAAGAGAUUGAGAACAGUGAAAAACCGAAAGAUGGAGAGAAGAAGAUCGAGGAUGGUUUAGGAGAGGUGGAGAAGACGAAAAACGGUGAAGAGGUGGAGAAGAAGAAAAAGGAGGAGGAGACUAAAGAAGAAGAAGAAGAGGAAGAAGCAGAUUGUACUUUAUCGGAUUGCGCCGCGUUUUUGAGUAACAUCCAGGAGGAGAAUCAGAGGGCGUCCCAUAGAUUGCGUGGUCCAUACUUGGCUCAACUGGAGUUCUAUGCCAUGUUGAAGAAGCACGGCAAGGAGAAUGAGGUCCACCUAGUGGGUGACCUUGUAGAACUGUUCAUGCUGUACUUCCACGAGUUUGGAGGCAAGCAAUGCUGUCUGGGAGAUCUGAAGCCUUACCUCAAAAUGCUAUCCAGCGAGCAAGCAACCGAUUUUUUGAAUCAGGUAUUCAAAAUGGUGCAGCUAGAAGAGGGUAGCCUUCCAUCCAAUCUGCAGCAGAUGUUGCGUUACUUGACCAACCUACAACUGAGCAGAUGCCUGGGUUUCCACGAGGUGUUGGACUUCAACAGCAAACUGAAGCUGGCCACCAGCCUCCUCCACUGCUACAAGGAGAGCCUCCACUUCAACGAGGGCCAACUCUCCACAGAUUUCAUGAACAACGAUCCCUACGCACUAUUGACCGCUCACAUACUCUAUGAUAUCUGGAUUGAUACCAAGGACGCCAUUUUUCUCAAGGACGCCUGUGUAGUUCUAGAGUUUGCGUUAUCUGCCAGUGUGUCCAACUACCAGAUCAAACUGCUGCUGAUGAAGAUGUACAACAUGUUGGGGGCUACCAGGGAAGCAUACAAAGUUUACGAGCUGUUAGACAUAAAACAUAUGCAGUUGGACACCCUGGGUUACCUGCAUUUAUGGCCCAUGCUGAGCACUGCACAAUAUAGUCAGGCCGUACAAAUUUUCAACACGACUUUGAAAUUUUUCACGGCUAGCUGUAGGGAAAGUGCAGAUCAUCUAACGCUCUCCUACAAGUAUGGAUCGUUUCUGAAGAUAACAGAAUUUGUUGAGUUUAGGGAUCGCAUCAAUAACUCGCUUCACCACGCGUUUGUGCAGGUGGAGAAGACGUUGAUCGACGUUAUGCAAGCUACCUCCCACGAUCACACCUGCCAAAUGGUCGAGCAGUCAAUUGUAACCGACGAUCUUGACUGGGAUCAGCUGGAAGAUAACCGCGACUUCACGAUACUGUGGUCGGCCAACCCUCCCCACCGCAAUUUCCCGCAACAUCUUAUAGAGCAGUCGUUUCAAACUGAAAAAGAUUUGCUCAGAUUGCGUGUGCUGUUGUUGAAAUUAUUGACUAGCGCCAUAAAUUUAUCUUUUAGUAAAAACAAUGUUAAGUCUAAUAGAGAAGCGUGUAGGGCGGAUUUAGUGAAGUAUUUGGAGGAGCUGAACGGGUUGUAUGAGAGGUUGAAGAAAACUCCACACCCAAAGCUGCCGUUGAAUAUUGUCGAGGCACCCCCGGAGUCCAGACUUCACGACUAUAUAGCAUCGCAGUUAGUUCCUUUACUGGCCAACCUAACCAGGACUGUAUUAGGAGUUGAGUUUAGUUUGGCUACUAGCAAAAAUAAUUCGGAAAGCAAUAUUUUGAACGGUGGAGGGGUGUUGAACGGUGAAGAAUUUGAACGGUUGAAAUUGGAGGAUUUCAGUGAUUUCUCGGACAAGUCUGCUAAGAGUUUAACGGAGGCCACAGAGGAAGUAUCGAGUUUUGCGAAAGCGAAUUUCGGCAACGGGGUCAACGAGAACAGUUUGAACGAACGUUUGGAGACUAUACAGCGUGUUACGUUAGUAGUGGAACUAGUUUGUGUAGCGGCGGUUUUUUGUGGUGUAGUGUUUCAAUUGGCGAAGGAAACGAUGGCUCCAGUUGUGAAAAAAGGUAAGAAAAAGAAGGAUAGUACUCCGGCUGUGGUUAACAGUGACCCCGCGCACAAAAAUCGCGUCGAUUGCUUUGAAUCUCUUGUCACGUGCACCACUAAAGCGAUCAAAGUGAUGGAUGAAACAGUAAACCACCUAAAAUCGGCCUGGCAUCCCAGUCUCACAAACGUUGUCACGCGCGUCGACCUCCUAGAAUUCAAACAUCCUUUCUGCCAGUAUCUCAACGAAAGUUACAUCAGUUCUCUGUGUGAACUCAGUUCAAUUCUUAGGAGAAAACUUCGCCAUAUUGAAGAACUGAAACUGUAGCUCAAUAUUCUUGGUUCAACUGUUGUAAAUUGUGUUAGUAUCAUUGUCUCACUUCAGUGCUGGUCCCGUAUCAUAUUAAAAAUAUGUUUAGAUGUAAUAAUAUGUUUCUAUAUUUGUAAAAACUAUUGCUAACCUGGA